GCCCGGUGUCCGCGUUCCCCGUCCCCCCCGCCGCCGCAGCCAUGGAGCUGGGCCGGGCCGGCCUGGCCUGGGCCGCCGCGCUGCUGCUGGCGGCGCUGGGGGCGCAGGCCGCGGCGGGGGACUUCGACCCGUACCGCGUGCUCGGGGUCGGCCGCAGCUCCAGCCAGGCCGACAUCAAGAAGGCCUACAAGCGGCUCGCCCGGGAGUGGCACCCUGACAAAAACAAGGACCCGGGAGCAGAGGACAAAUUCAUCCAGAUCAGCAAAGCUUACGAGAUCCUUUCCAACGAGGAGAAGAGGGCAAACUUUGAUCGCUACGGAGAUGCUGGGGAAAGCCAGGGCUACUCUCAGCACCAGCAUCGCCAGUUCCACCGCUUCCAUGAAGGAUUCUAUUUCGACGAGUCCUUCUUCCACUUCCCUUUCAACUCGGAGAGGCGCGACACCUCCGACGAGAAGUAUCUGCUCCACUUUUCCCACUACAUCAAUGAAAUUGUGCCGGAUAGCUUCAAGAAACCUUACCUCAUUAAAAUCACCUCGGACUGGUGCUUCAGCUGCAUCCACAUCGAGCCCGUGUGGAAGGAAGUUGCUCAGGAAUUGGAGGCACUGGGAGCAGGGAUCGGGGUCGUUCAUGCUGGGUACGAGAGGCGCCUCGCCCAUCACCUGGGUGCACACAGCACCCCCUCUCUGCUGGGGCUCAUCAACGGGAAAAUCACCUUCUUCCACAAUGCUGUGGUUCGGGAAAACCUGCGGCAGUUCGUGGAGAACCUCCUGCCCGGGAAUCUUGUGGAAAAGAUCACAGAUAAGAACUACAUCCACUUUCUGUCCAACUGGAAGAAAGAAAACAAGCCCCACGUCCUUCUGUUUGAUCACAUGCCAGUUGUGCCAUUAUUGUACAAGCUGACUGCCUUUGCCUACCGAGAUUACUUUUCCUUUGGUUACGUGUAUGUGGGACUCCGAGGCACUGAAGAGUUGUCCAGUCAGUACAACAUCAACGUCUACACCCCCACCAUGAUGAUCUUCAAGGAGCACAUUGACAAGCCCGCUGAUGUUGUACAGGCACGAGAUAUGAAGAAGCAGCUCAUUGAUGACUUCCUUUCGCAGAAUAAGUUCCUCAUGGUGGCCAGGCUCACCAACCAGAGGCUGUUCCAGGAGCUGUGUCCUGUGAAGAAGUCUCACCGUCAGCGAAAGCACUGCGUGGUCCUACUUACUGGAGAAGGAGAAAAGUUUGCUGAGGCUUAUGAAGCAUUUUUGACUUUUGCUGUGGCCAACACAAAAGACACACUGAAGUUUGUGCACAGCUACAAUGAUCGGCAGCCGGAAUUUGCAGAUGCCUUCUUGAUGGAUGAGGAGAAGUAUCGGGGAAAAUCAGCUGUGGUCAUUUUGGAGAGACGUAAUAACGCAGGGAAGGUGGCCUAUAAAACCCUGGAGGAGGCCUGGCAAGGCAGCAAAGAGGACAACUUCAUCCUCCUGGAUCUUCUGGACCAGCUGAGGACAGACCCCAACCUCCUCUCCUCAGAGACUGUCCUGGCAGACUUGAACGAUGAGCUGGCUCCCAUGUUCCUUAUCCGAUGGCUCUACUCCACACUGGACUAUCUCUCAGACUGCUGGGAUAGUUUGUUCCACAGUAACUGGCGAGAAAUGAUGCCGCUGCUGUCCCUGCUCUUCUCUGCGCUCUUCAUCCUCUUUGGCACUGUUAUUGUUCAGGCUUUCAGCGAUUCCAGCGACACAAGGGACAGUCCUCCCUCAGAGAAAGAAGAAACCGCAGCAAAGACCGAGAAGAACGAUGCGAGCUUCAGCAAAGAGAGUAACAGCAGGAUUCCCAAAAAGGGCUUUGUGGAGGUGACGGAGCUGACGGACAUCAACUACAACAGUAACUUGGUUCGCCUCAGGCCGGGUCACAUGAACGUGGUCUUGAUCCUGUCCAACUCAACCAAAACUGCCCUCCUUCAGAAGUUUGCCCUGGAAGUCUACACGUUCACAGGGAGCAGCUCUCUUCACUUCUCCUUCCUCAGCCUGGACAAGCACCGGGAGUGGCUGGAAUACCUGCUAGAGUUCGCCCAGGAUGUGGCCCCCAUUCCAAACCAGUACGACAAGCAUUUCCUGGAGCGCGACUAUACGGGCUACGUCCUGGCUCUCAACGGCCACAAGAAAUACUUCUGCCUUUUUAAACCUCACAGAUCAGGGGAUGAGGGGGGGUCACCUGAGGAUUACAAUUCCUCACUCCACGCAGAAGCCAGAGGGAAAUCCUCCUGCAGCCCAGGAUCUAGAUCCAUUAAAACCAAAUUACACAAAUUGUCCUUUUGGAUGGAACGCCUCCUCGAGGGUUCCUUACAGAGGUUCUAUAUCCCCUCGUGGCCAGCACUAGACUGAGGGAUCUUAAAGAGGUUCCAACAGACUUUUUAUGAAGACAACGAGGGACAGCUCUCUCCAGUGAUCCACAGCCAAGUGUGAUGAAUGGACCUUAGGGUUUAGAUGAACUCCUCCUAGGGCCACCGACUAGAACAUACCUCCCCACGUCCAGAGCCCAGGAGCACAGCCAAGUGCACUGAACCUCUCUCCACUAAGUCGGCGUGCAUUUGGACACCAUCCUACUGAAGAGCCAAGAAGUCCAUUUAUCCCCUUCUUGUCCCGGAUUAUCCCAGAUCCACCUCUCAUUUUACCUCGGAUGAAUUAAAACCCGCAAAGACUUCUUGGCCGCAGCGAUUCAGGCCGGACCGAACGCGGCUGGUGACACGGGCCAGGUUGUGGUUCUCUCUCCCCUUCCCCAUGUGCUUAGCCUGUGGUGCAUGGUGUAACACUGGCAAGACCCUGCAGACCCUCCUGGGCCCUGCCCUCCCAAAAGGCCUCCUCCCACCAGGCGGUCCUACUUUCUCAGCUUUCCAUGUGGUAAGUGAUGUAGAGUACGGUCGGGAGCAUCUCCCUCGUAGCAAACCUUUAGCUGGGACUCACCUGUGGUGUGUGGUGCAGGCUAGUAGGUGAUCUGCAUGUUUUCAUGCUCCUCCUUGUGUCAUAGUUCUGCGUGCUGCUUCACCAGCCAAACCCAACCUGGGGAGGGAAGGAAGGGGUUUUGCACGGCCAUACAGACUGUCCAAGUGUUGAGCCAUUUAAAUGUCACAUUGAUUUUUUUCAAUGCCUUUCUGCUUCUGUCGACUUUAGAUGAUGUAUCCCAGAGCCAUAACUUUACCUGCAUCUUCAGAUCGUAGGCAUGAGCUGCUAUGAGCCAGUAGAUGUGUAAAAGAAACUCUCCUUAGCUGCCAGGGAUUUGGGCCGGGCUCCUUCCAAACACUCCUAUGUCUGUAGCACAACCUGACCCAUCUUUGUGUCAAGGAACCUGCUCCUUUGACAGCUGUGUUCUUGAAAUAUUGCCCCAAAGUGCUGUAUCGUCAGACUGUCAUGUACGUGUGACGCUGCUUUUGGUUUACAUGUGGGUUUCAGACUCUUGCUUUCAGCCUUUCACAUUUCUUUCUUGCCACAAGCCUUUGUUCUUUACACCCCUGCUGCUGCCUUGGCUUCUUCUUAGGUUUGCAUGAGGGGGUUGGUGUCUUCUGGAAGUCACAGGGCUCUGUGAAGCCAGAGCAGCCGAAAACACAGGGUUUGGGUUAUGCUUUGCUCCGACAGCAGGAAAGAGCAGCCCUUGGUAAGGCAGAGGGAAGGUGAGCAGCAGCCUUGGUGCGACAGCGUCUGCUCCUCCCAGCAGCAUCCUUUUUCUUUGCAUCUGGGACUGAAAUUCAUGGUUCUGAGAUUGCAUAAAAUCCCAUGGGGUUUCCUCUUCCUUUCUAAUGCUCCAGGGCAGACGCUGUCCCCAGACAGCACCUCCUCCAGCUACCCCACAUGGUACCAAGUUGCUGUGGGGGCACAGAACUGCUAAAGCAAAGGGAUCUGAGUGGGGUGGCCUUUGCCAAAGGGCUCCAAACCUGAUGGUCGAGCCCUUGGUUCAGCACUGGUGUUAAUUAAAAGCUCACUCAGCCCUCACUGCCUUAGUUACCAUCUUGAGCAGCCCAUUAGUAGGAAUAACUCUGCCAGUCUCCAAGCUAGCUGCCAGUCUCAUAUGAAAUCCAGGAAUGCUCAAGUCAUUUUACUGCCAACACAGUGUAGUUGCUCAGCCUGGGAGGAGAGUGAUGUGCUUCAACCACCACAGGUAUCUCAAACCCCAUGUAUGAUGUACUUCCAAAUAAAGGCUAUGAUGCUGUGAUGCUACCAACUGACCCUAUGUGAGGUUACUUAAUCUGAGCUCAGCCGACUUGGCAGCUUGUGAAAGAGGCACUAAAGUAGAGGGAAGGAAGGACAGAAGGAAGAUGAGGGCUCCUCCCUGCUCAAGACUUCCAGUGCUGAUUGAAACACUGGCUUGAUGCUGAUAGACUUCAUUUGCAUCCAGGCAGAGCAGUCGUGCUUUUCCUGCAGCUUGCUGUGCUGGGAAUAGGUUUUAGCCAAGUGGAAGGCUCUGCACAACUUCUGAAAGCUUUGCAGAGAGCAAAACCCCCCUCUCUGGGUCUCUGCUGUCUCUUCAGCUGGUCAGAAACCAGGAGAAAUCCCUUGACACAUUAAAAGAAGUGCCUAGUGCUACAGCAAGGGAGCUCAGCCCUGCCCCAAGCCAGAAGAGAAGGCCACGAAGCCUUCAAAAUAACCUUCAUGUCCUUACGCCUGCUGGAAUCCUUUUUGGUCUCAUUUGCUUUUGAGCACAGGUAACCCCCCUUUUAGGCUGGGUUUGGUUGAAGGGGUGCUCGCAGCAGCCUGCCCUUGCUGGGUGGGAGCACAGCUCCUGGGUAGCCAUAAUUCUGCCCUUUGUGGCUUGUAACCGGGUCCAACAAACCCAGUUCAUGCCACUGGUUUAUGGACAAAACCUUCUUUCAUGGCCUGAAGCAAACUCCAACCUGUUGUAAACCCCUCGUGGAGUCAGUGUGGAGUGCUGGGUGCUUGCUUUGUGGUUGCAGAGCAUGGUCAGAGGCUGCUCACACCGAGCUCUGUCCACGUGUAUCGUAACACAUCACCCAUGGGAAGCACUUGGUGGUGGUUUGUAACCCAAAGAGUGAGGAAUUCAGUCCUAGAGCACUGUCAGAGUGAGCCCUGGGCAGUCACACACUGCACAGGGCUCCGAGGCUGUCACACAGCUCCUCCUGUACCCAGCGUGCGGGGCAGCAGCUCUGCCUCCCCUCUGCCCUGCACCCCCAGCCUGGUUCGCUGAAGGCAGCCUGAGAAGUAGGACUGAACCCAGGUACAUAUAUUUUGCACUUUUGAUACUGGGGAGGGGGGAAGGUGGGAAUUAACUUAUUUGGCAAACUUGUCUUUUUUUAUUUUGUGUUUUUGGGGGGUUUUGGUUGGUUUUUGUAUCUGUGACCAGGCACCGGCGCCGUUGCGGUUUAAGACGAUGACAGAUUCACAACCAAAAUAAACUAUUUUAAUGUGUGA